GGAUUCCAGUAGUCUGUUUAUUUAGCUGCUCGCCGAAUACAAUAAAUUUGAAACAGCGCGCUUCGAGACAUAAAGGGUUUCUGAGUAAACACUCUUGUAAGGUUACUUGCUAUAAGAAGGAAACGUAAAGGGUAUAAAUAUUUUAAGCAAAGGUAUACUAAGCGGCGAUAAAGCCUGUUAUUUAUGUAUAUAAGCGUAUUUCUAAGUAAAGUUCUGGUUUUAAUGGGCAUACUAGCUAAAAUAUUGUACUACAACUAUUUUAAGACCUAAAAUAUAAGCAUAUACAGAGUAUAUCGCAAUAUUUAACCAAGCAUCCAUUGUUGUGGCCCAAUCGCAAAUAAAAAAGCUCAGAAACGUUAAUUUAAUGUAAAAAUAAAACACUGCAACAAACUAAUUUGCUUACCAAUGCAAUCUAGGACAUAUUUCUCAAAUUAUUAGGUUUGUAGAGUCAAAUAUGGACGGAAUAAACAAUGCAAUUGUUGGAAGGAAAGCGAUCAGUUCAAGUGGUGUAGAUAAAUUAAAGAAGAAGAAGAGAAAGAAGCGAAAAAUUAAAGAAGGAAAAAGAUCUUCAGCAUCCAGCACUUCAGCUACAGGGAGUCCGGAUUCAGAAGGUCGAGUCCGUCCACACAAAGCAAGAUCUGCUUUAUCCUGUCCACCCAAUAUUAACCAGCAGUCAAAACGAAAUGAAGCAGAUUUAACGGACGUUUGCGAACAGUUUAAUGAAAGCUUACGAUGGUUUCCUUACAUUCUGUCAAAUUCGAGGCCUUUCAGGGACCAAACCAAAGCUUCUACCGCAGAAAGUGAAACUGAGGAAGAAGAGAGAAUCGCAGUGUAUAAAAUGAACCGUAGGAAGCGGUACCUAGCCGCCCAACAAGCAUUACUUGCUUUAUACCCUGACACAAACAACGUUUAUGCUGGUAACACCGAUGACAUCCAUGACAGCAAAGAUGCUGCAAAGCCGAUUUCUCCGCGUCGAUCGCAUUCAAUACCUGACAACACAUCAUCCUACACUCCAACCACAGAAAUACCAAAACUACGGCUCCAAAGUCCGAGACAAACUUGUGAAACUUUCGACUUAGCAGUAAAGCCACUCACGACCACCCUUGAUAAUGCAUUAGUACAGCAGGUUCUGUAGCGUUAAUACAACUUAUUAUUAUUCUCAUAUGUUACUGACAUACCCAUUAAGCUGUUAUUGUUACAUUUGCACAAAGAAGCGCUUCAUAAUUUUUAAUGUUCCCCCGAUUUUAAAACAAAAUAUUUUUCAACCAUAUAUAUGCAAUGUCAAUCCAAAUGUGCGUUUUAAAUGGGCUUCACUUAACAUGAACUGCCGUGUUUUUCAUGUUUAUAACCCCCCCCCCCCUUUUUUUUUUUGUUUAUAAAAGUUAUGAGACAAAAGAAUUAUACAAGUGAUGUACUGCGUUACGGCGUGGCAGGCAAGCAUCAGUGAUUCAUAUUUGGUCCUUUACUUUAACUUGAGUUGACUCAUUAUUAACAGUUUACUUUUUCAAUAAACCCGUUCUCCCGAAA